UGUGGUAAAAAACAGAGAAGCCAAGAAAACUGAAGAAGAAGAAUGCAGUUUUGGUUUUCCUUUUCAUUCAGAAUGGAUUGUUUUUUGGGUUUUCGCCAAGAAAAAAUCUUAUUUCUGUUAAGAUUUUGAUUAUUAUUAUCUCACUGAGAAAGAAGAAAGAAAAGAAAAUGGCUUCAUCGAGAAUUGAAAUUGCCGCUUCUCCUUAUGGCUGUGUAUUAAGAGAUCAUAAUCAGAGGAUUCGUAGAGAUAGGGAGAGAAACAGAGAAGGAACACAAGCUGUUUUUCGUAAGAACCUUGAAGUAUUCGUGCGAGAUCAUUUACAGACCUGCAUUGUUUUUUCUACACCAAGAGAAGAUUCUGAAGUUGCUUCUUCAAAUGAGAAUUCUCAACCUAAUAGUAGGUUUACUAAUAGUCGUAAUCUUCAUGAGAGAAACAACAACAGCAACCAGAAUUUUCGAUCGGCAGAAAGGGAGAGGAAUCGAAGUAGCAAUAACAGCCAGGGAGAAAAAGAAACUGAAAUAACAUCCUCUAAUGAGUCUCCUACAAUGAGGACGCAAUCAAGGAUACUUGACCGUUGGGGUACUCGUCAAGCUAGAGAAAUGAUGAACACCACGGAGAGGCAAACAAAUGAGGCUGAACUCAUGGCAUUAUCAAGUUCUCAGUCUGUUUCCGCGAGGGCUUCUUCAUUUUUGAGAGAGAAUUCUCCUACUACAUCAGAAUCUUCCGUUGAACAACUUCCAAGUUUGAGGGCUUCCUCGCUUGUCCAGAGGUGGAGGGAAAUCGAGGCAGAGUCUAGGACUCCAAGAGAAAAUCACUCGGGUAGGUUUUGCUUGAAUUCUAAUCCAGAAGUUAUUAGAAGUAGCAGUAGUACUGGUAGCAGUAGUAGUACCAAGAAUUCUAGAUCUAGCAACGUUGAGGAUUCUUCCUACGUCGAAGAUCCGUCUUUGAGAUCCGAGGCUUGCGAAGAUAGCGCCCAAACAUGCGAACCUAUAACAAUUCCUGCUAGAUCACAAAUUCCUGAAGACCCAUUCCCAGACUGGGCGUCCGAUAGGACGGCUGCAAGUGAGCCAAACUCUUCUUUAUAUCAGAGGCAAUCUUCCGAUGUAGGAGAGACCGACAGGGGUAGAGUGGCAGAUAUUAUAAAAAGGCUAUCUACGUUUAGUCAACCCAAUAGUCCUGUUGCUUCCUCCCCUAUGUGUGAUGAACUGGAUCGAGAGAAUUCAAGCGAUCUAUCAGAUCAUGGAGAACAAAGAGGUUCAUCCGCUAUUGGGAAUACUCUUCCCCGGGUUAGAGGUCGGCAAGCACUUAAGGAUUUGCUCAUUCAAGUAGAACUGGAGAGGCAAAAGGAACUUGGUGGACUAGUUGAACGUCAUGCUGUAUCACGGUUCACUCAGCGCGGCCGUCUUCAGGCAUUGCUUAGGCUCAAAAUCCUGCAGCGUGGAGCCGGAACUCAAAAUCAAGAGCGACCAAUUUCAAGAGCAUCUGAAUUGGACCAACUACAGCGUCGACCUACCAUCUUCCACCUAAGGGAGAGAUUCAAUUCAAGAGUCGAACAGAAGAGUAUGGCAUGUUCUAGUGAAGAGGAUACCUCGAGAUCUCCUGCACAAUUAAUAAAGAAUGCCCAUGAGACAGAACACUCGGCUGUGUCAAGACAAGAUGGUAACCAAAAUGAUCGAAAGGAUGUUGCUACCACUGCUCCCCCUCCCCCUCCACCUCCGCCACCUCCUCCUCCUCCUCCUCUUCGUCUUUCUGCUGCUCCUCCUAAAAAAGUGACUAAAGCUGCGAGUACACCUACUAAAAGUACUACUGCACGUGAGCUAAUUAAUCUAAAAGAACAACUCCCCUCACUUCAAUCUAUAAGCGGACAUCUGCAAGAACGAGUAAGUCAAAGUUCCAAAGUUACUUCGAAAAGGCCAUGCUCUGAUGGAAUUGGCGCACUCAAGUGGCAAGGAGAUUUGAACACCGCAAGAUGCUUACAUGGUUCCGAAAGAAAUGGUAUAAAAGAAAAACAACCAGAUCUUAAAACCAGCCCACGCAUUAUAAGCUCUAUUACAGAGAGUUGGGAGGAAGGGACAACAUUAAGAGUUGGCCAGCUCGAUUGGGAAACACCUUAUGAAACUGUAGAAAGCUCCAACGUUUCAGACGUAGAUGUUAUAACUGAAGAAGAACCAGACAUCGAAAACGAACAGCAUGUGGGUUUCAUCGAUAGUUGGCAAGAGAUUAGCGUAACCGAAGACGAAUCAAAUCUCAGUACGCACCAGCUUGUUGAACCUGACAGUAGUCCCUGGCUACGUAGUAUUUCUCAUCAGCAUAGCGAUUUUGAAGAUCGUCGUCAAGCAUGGUACCGUAACAUGCUUGAAAGUAACACAGAUAAUGAUGAAAUUCGCGAGCUUUUUGAAAGAAGAAGUGUAUCGACCUUUCUCACCAGUGACUUGCGAACGAGAAUGGAUCAAAUGGUCUCUUCUUUCGUAAGAAGACGAAUAAAUCAGACUAUUUCGGAAGCCAAUGAACAUGAAUACGAGGAGGAAGAAGAGACCCUUCUGAAUAAUGAAUAUAAUGAAAUAAGUGAUUACCCUGAUCAGAUGGUGUCCACAUCGUUGCAACUACCUCUGCCAUCUCGUGUGAGAUCUCGGAGUGAAUAUCAAGAUAAUGAUGUCAGUGAUGGUGACCAAUAUGUAUCUGUAUCCUUUCAAGAACCCCAGUCGUCUCAUUCUUAUGAAGAAGAUAGCCCACAGUCAUCUCCUUUCACUGGGCAUCGUUCACUGGAAAUGGAACUGAUAUACGAUCUGAGGGGCCACAUGGCACAACUAAGUCAAGAGAUGUCUGAACUUCGAAAAUCAAUAAAGAGUUGCAUGGGAAUGCAGGAGCAGUUGCAGCAUUCUAUAAAGAAGGAGGUUUCAGCAUCCGUGGACCACUCAGGGGAGCUCGUGGAGUUCAACAGGCAACGAAAAAGAAAAGGCAAUUGCUGCAUUUGCUAUGAAAUGCCGGUCGACUCACUAUUAUAUAGAUGUGGGCAUAUGUGCACAUGUUUCAAAUGUGCACAUGAGUUGCAGUGGAGUAGUGGAAGGUGUCCGAUAUGUCGAGUCUCAAUCUUAGAUGUCGUGCGGGCAUAUUCAGAGUCUCAAUAGUAUUCCAAAUGAAUGGGUUCUUCCACUUGAAGACUUUCUCAGUUUCUUCCUUAUAAAACCAAACCUGUAGUAGAAAGUUCAAUAUUCAUUUUCCUUUCCUUUUUCCCUAGCAUAUAUGACCGGUGCAUGAUAUGCACUGCUAAUACUGGUUGUGUCUUGUUUAGGUUUUUAUGUGUAUAAUUUUGAUUUUUGUUAGAGGGAGAGUAAAAUGUGAUCCGAGGAGCGUAAAAAUCGUAACUGACUUGAUAAUUAGGACCAACUCAAUAUAUUUGUAUGACUCGGACUAAAAAAUCCUUAUCAGCCACACAAAUUUUUUACACGUGUUCGAAUCUUUUCUUUUU